AUGGGAGACGGAGGUGGCAGGUCAUCGGCAAACUGUUCCCUCUUCUGGGAUAGUUACGUUAACGUCAAAUAUUCCGGAUCCUGUGAUGUUGAUUUUAUGGACGAAGUCGAAUACCCGAGUUUCGUUCGACUAUAUGUCUCGAUUUCGUUGUCCGUACUCGGGGCCUUUUUCAAUUUUUGGGCGCUUAUACUGUUGAUACUUGAUUAUCGUGGCCCACCGCCUGGUGCAUCGUCCGUCUGUGUGCAAAGCAAGUCAGGCCAAAGUGGAAAGAGUCAAAAAUCCUCCCACGGUGGCACCAAAAGGACGACAAUGCAAGUUGGGCUAAUGAUCUUCUGUUUAUUUGAAGUUCUCUAUCACGCGGCGUACACUGGGGGCGAAGGAAUUAAUCUGUACGCCUACAAAAUUAUAUACAAAGGCACUAUUCCCAAGCCCAUCAACGGAAGUCUUUCCCACGUAUUCUCUGUUCUACCCCCCUUGUCGAGUUUCUUUAAUUGGUUUCGAGAUACGGGAAUAUGCGGUCGUAACUGGGCCAUCACCCUUAUAACCAUUGCAAGAGCCGAAGUUGUUGUUUGGCCUUUGGCUUCGCGAUUUUACCAACGUUGCUUGAGAAAAAAGAGGAUUUUUCUUCUUGUGUUCAGUCUUUUUGCAUUGACUGGUGUCAUUAUCUCCGGCGUUCGACGAUUUGAUCAAAAGAUUAGUGUUUGUUAUAGUGAGAAAUUCACCUCUCAUUGUAUAAAAUCGGAAGUAUUCUUGCUGUCAGAUCUCAAACGCUUCUCUGCUGCUUACUUUUCUUUUCAAACACUUCUUCCCUGGCUCCUCAUUCUCAUCUUUACAACACUAAUAAUCAUUCAAUUGAAACCUUGCAAAAAGGAGUCGCAAGAUUUUUUGCAUCAUCCAAAUGCAAAAUCAGGAGGCCGGGAUAAUCACCUCAGGGCGUCGAUCGCGGUGACGGUAAUCGCCGUGUUCUGCACCAUCUUUGAGUUUCCUACAUUUGCCGUCUCAAUGUACUACAUUGCGGGCGAUCCGGAUGUUGGCCUGGGUGUGUGGGACAUCGUCGCCAACACUCUGCUGCAGAUCGAUUCAAUCGCCAACUUUUUCCUCCUAAUAAUUACGAUGCCGUCUCUGCGACGGCGUUUAGGGGGAACCAAGGCAACGCGAAGUCACGUUCGGGAAGCCAGCACGACCGAAAUGAGGACGGUUGUAGCCGAUUCGGAGCUCACUUCGAAGGACCGGCGCUGA